GCUCCCGGGCGGCGGCGGGGCAGGACGGGCCCGCGGGCUGACAGCCGUGCCGCGGGUCGGCGGCGAUCUGCUUUGUCCGUCCUACGCCGUUGCUCUCAUCUGUCUUUCAGAUCGGUUGUACUUUGCUACUUUACGAAGUAAACCGAAGAGUACCGUAAAUACCCACUACUUCUGUACCGAUGAGGAACUGGUCUAUGAAAAUUUCUAUGGAGAUUUUGGGCCUUUAAAUUUGGCAAUGUUAUACAGAUACUGCUGUAAACUAAAUAAGAAAUUAAAGUAUUUCAGUCUAUCAAGAAAGAAGAUAGUAUACUAUACCAGUUUUGAUCAGCGCAAACGAGCAAAUGCAGCAUUUUUAAUAGGUGCAUAUGCUGUAAUAUACUUGAAGAAAACCCCAGAAGAAGCUUACAGAACGCUUUUGUUGGGAUCUAAUCCACCAUAUCUUCCAUUUAGGGAUGCUUCAUUUGGGAACUGCACGUACAAUCUUACAAUCUUGGACUGUUUACAGGGAGUAAAUAAGGCUUUGCAGCAUGGAUUUUUUGACUUUAAGACAUUUGAUGUGGAUGAAUAUGAACACUAUGAGCGAGUGGAAAAUGGUGACUUCAACUGGAUUAUUCCAGGAAAAUUUUUGGCAUUUAGUGGACCACACCCAAAAAGCAAACUUGAAAAUGGUUAUCCUCUUCAUGCACCUGAAGCCUACUUUCCCUAUUUCAAGAAACAUAAUGUCACAUCAAUCAUAAGACUAAACAAAAAAAUUUAUGAGGCAAAACGCUUUACUGAUGCUGGUUUUGAUCAUUAUGACCUGUUCUUCAUAGAUGGAAGCACACCAAGCGACAGUAUAGUUCAGAGGUUCCUGAACAUCUGUGAAAAUGCAGAUGGUGCUAUUGCUGUACAUUGUAAAGCUGGCCUGGGGAGAACAGGAACACUGAUUGCCUGUUACAUAAUUAAACACUACAAGUUCACACAUGCUGAAGCCAUUGCUUGGAUAAGAAUAUGUCGACCAGGCUCUAUUAUAGGACCCCAGCAACACUUCCUGGAAGAGAAACAAGCAAUGUUAUGGCUGGAGGGAGAUCUCAUCCGAUCAAAGCAGAAACAAGGAAUAGUUGAUGGAAACAUAAACAGAGUUCUUUGUGGUUUGAAUGACAUUUCAAUCAGUGACAGCUUGAAUAAAGUGCAAGACCUGAAUGCAUACAGGGAGAAUGAUUUUGAAGACAAAGCAGGUGUGGAAACUCAGAAUGGCAUGACCCAGGGAGAUAAGCUUAAUGCCUUAAAAAGUCGGAGACGGCCAUGUUCUGCUACAACUGGAGCUCUGAGGCUGCAAGACAUGAAACUACACACCAGGUCAAUAUCACAACCUUUCAGAUUGAAUACUUCAGGUUGCACCGAAGGAUCCAUGUCUCCUCUGAAGGCCUCCAAAGUGAUGGCAGUUAAUUCACCAUCUGCAGAAAGAAUAAACAGCAUUCACACAUCCCCAGGCUCUAACCUUAAAAGCUUUUCCAUAAACUCCAGACUAGCCAGUUCUCUAGGGAACCUGUAUGCCGCUUCAGAUGAUGAUGAGAGCAAAAUGACAUCAUCGUACUCUAGGACAGGUUUUUCUGUAAGCCAUAUCUCCAGCCACUUGAAUGGCAGCUUGCAGCUGCCUCACAGAAAUAACCAUGAACUGAACAACAACUUAUACAACAGAAACAGCAGUAGCGGCAACAACCUGAGCAGCCAAACCAGUUUUCAUAGCGCCGUGACAGAUGAGUACGCUCAGCCUUCCUUUAUGGACCUUACAACUCCUCCAGCACGAUACCAGAGUCAAUCAAUUCCUUCCCUUCAGUCUGAGUAUGUUCAGUACUAAAGCCUUGCUGCUUUGGUGAAACCUGUUGAGCUCUUAAAUUGAAGACCUUCAUGGAGAAGAAGAAUUUAAGGAAGGAAGCUGCUCGCUCCGAGGAGGAAUCUUCAAUAUAUUAAAACCUUAACACCAAGAGAAAACUUGGCGGGCAGAAAUUUGUUGUUAAUGACUACUGCAGAUGCACUGAUAACGAAUUUAUGGAAAUUAUUACCCCAUGUUAUAUACAGAUUUAAAUUUUUAAUGUUGAGACAGCUUGAAUAUAUUUCUAAUGAGUUUCAUUAAGACAUUUAUUAACUUGUGUACAGUGUUAAAAUAUGUAUUAAGAGAAUAUUUUGGUAAACUAUAAAAAUUAUGUAAAAAUUAGAAUAUAUUUUAAUUUAGAGUUCACUUUGCUACAAAACUGUGUAUUUUAAAGAAUUUUUACAUGCUUAUCAAAGAUAUGAAAAUUUUUUUUAAGAACAAGAUGUUUUCUUGGUUUAUGGGUCCAUCUUCUUGCUUAAAGCCUAAUGUAAUUACUUUUUCACUAAUUGGUCUUCUGGUAACUUAAUGGGAAGUCUAACUAGUGAGAGACUAGUUAUUACACUAUCAACUGAAAGCACUUGAUACAUAGUCUGCUUUCCACUUUCAGCUGCUAAUGUUCCAUAAGGAAACACUAGGAAAAAAAAAUUAAAGGGAAAAUAUUUGUUGAGAUGUAAUGUAACUUACAUCUUCCACUGCAAAGAUAGAGGUAUCUGAUGAUUCAAUUUUACAAUUAACGCUUUCUUUCAAUGUCUUAAAGGAAUGUUUUAACUUUUUUCUUUUCAAUGUAGAAUGUUAAAUUUUGCUAUGUGAUAUAUACUGCAGAAAUGAAGGAAGACCAAAGAAGUUGGUAAGAAUGUACAUGUAGAAUGAAUUUGGCAGUGCUGCAAACUUACAUGUUUUUAACCUACAUUUGGGAGUUUGUGUACAGUUUCAUUAGCAAAGCACAUUGGAAGUAUAUUAAAUUUUCAUUUCUAAAUUGGACAGUUCAUAAACCUUUAAUUUGAAAACUAUUGUUAACGUACAGCUAACAUAACCUCCUGUAUUCCAGAAUAUAUUUGUCAGUAAAGAUGCUCUUUAACAUAGUGAUGAGGAAUAAGACUUAGAAUGAAGUGGUGUUACAGUGAAUUAGUAGAGAUCACAUUCAGAACUCCACAAGUGCAUAGUAAGCAAAAGAAGUAUAAGCAGCAGUGAGGACUUGAUUUGCCACUAAUUUAGAAAACAAAACCAGAUUUGUUACCUAUGAGUUUUUCCAUUAUCUACAGAAACCUGAAAAUAAAAACUUGAUUGAAUUGUCAGUCUUUAUUCCUGAUCUGUGAAUGCCCCGCAUUUGCUUUACAACUGAAGUUAAAAUAAAGUACCGCAUUAAUUUUUAAAACGAUAAGGUGACAAAUUGCUAUGGAAAGUUGUACUGAAAGUGUUAAGCAAUACUGAGAACAGCUAUAUAAAUCACUGAAUAAAAUCUACAUGCAAUACUGUACUUUUUUCACAAUUGUGUAUAUGUAACAUAUACACACACAAAGUAGCAUAUGUGUGUGCAUAUAUAUAUAUACAAUAUACUGUAUAUGAAUUAUAGAUUAAUGGUAAGGUAAUUCUACCUCUUAUAAAUAAUUUUGUCAUGUACUUUGUUAUAAAGUUUUCCUUAAAAUAUUGUUUAAUUUUGAAAUGUAGAUAUAUAUAUAUACAUACAGCUAAUUGAUAAUAAAAUGCCUUUAUCAGC